AGGCCAGCUUUCUCAGCCUGUCCUUUGAAGUAAUUAUUGUUCUUUCCAAAUGUAACUUUACAAACAGUGUAUGUUUAGAAGAAGCUUAUUUAAUGGCCUGGGUUGCAUCAUGUCACUUGGCUCCACUUUUAAUCCAGGGCCACUGGAAUAACACUGGCUCAGAGCCUGUGCGGCUCCGUCCUCCUUCCGCCUCACACGUGGCUGGCGAGCGGCUGCUCCUUGGAGAAGAGCUGGAUGUGAGGAGCAGAACCUGGUUCUUAUCAGCAGCGCUGCUGCCAGCUCCAGAUUGUGCACUUGGAGUCACCCUAAUGCCUCCUAAAGCUCCUCUGCUCCGUGAUAGCAUCGAAUUAGCGCCAGCGAACACCAAUAUUGGAGGAGGUUGAUGAUGGGAGGAAGGAAGCUCAGGGGUAAUCAGCUCUGAAGCAUCUCAUGAUAAGGUACCAAAAUGGGCUGUAAUUACGUGCGUGGGGGAGUUGCAGAAGGAAAGGAGAAGCUCCCCAGCAGGAAGCCAUGAAAACGGCACAGAGCCUGCAGGAGAGUCCAGGAGGAAACACAGCCCCAUUGUUUGAGGAGCUCUUGGCACUCGAGUGCUGUGGUCCAAGAACACAGCUUCCAGGCAUUACCAGCCCAGCGACGGGCCACAAAAACAAUUCCAAACUGGCUUCCCAAGAAGCACUUGUCUGUCCUCAUAAAACCACACCACUGACUCAUCUAAACGCUUGCUGGUUUGUUUUUAACCCCGAAUCCUUCCAGCCUCCUGAGUGUUUCCAAGCUGCAGGGAGCAGGAAGGUAACGUCUGGAGGGAGCUGCCUGGAGCUGUGCACUGCCAGAGAGACUCUCCCUGCAGAAGAGUGCGGUAGACAGAAGAGGGUGCUGCGGCCUCGGCCACCUCCCUGCCCCUGCAGCCGAGUGUCACAAGAACACUGAGUUCCCGCAGCAUUCAAGCAGCUUUCCUGGCUCCCAAACAACCUGGAAGAGAAGCAGAGCGGUGCGGGGCUGCCCUCCGAUGGGUGACGGGGUGCCCGGAGCUCCUGGGCUUCCUGCUGCGGAGGGGGAUGAGCAGUAGAAGGUUCUGGUUUUGGCCCUGAGGAGGAGCAAGGAUGUCCAUGAGGAGCCCCGUUUCCCCGCCGCUGGAGCUCGAUGGCGCGGGCAGCAUGGUGAACUGCACCAUCAAGACGGAGGAGAGGAAGGAGGGAGGCCACGAGACCCCCCCGGGGGCUGCCCCCAACACCGAGCCCCAUCCCUGUGACCCACCAGGACCCCCACCGAAGGACAGCAGUGACCCCCAGGCCCUGCCGCAGGAGUCCCCCUCGCCCGCUGGCGAUGCGCCGGAGCCCAGGCGCUCUGCCUUCGAGCCGGCCGUCAGCAGCCAGGACAAGCUGGACUUCAACAGGAACCUGAAGGAGGUGAUGCCAACCAUUGAGAAGUUACUGUCCAGUGACUGGAAGGAGCGGCUGCUGGGCAGGAGCACUGCUGAGUCCAAGGAAGUGAAAGGAACCCAGGAGAGCCUGGCAGAGAAGGAGCUGCAGUUGCUUGUUAUGAUCAACCAGCUCUCCACGCUGCGGGACCAGCUCCUGACGGCCCACUCGGAGCAGAAGAACAUGGCCACGAUGCUCUUCGAGAAGCAGCAGCAGCAGAUGGAGCUGGCGCGGCAGCAGCAGGAGCAGAUCGCCAAGCAGCAGCAGCAGCUCAUCCAGCAGCAGCACAAAAUCAACCUCCUGCAGCAGCAGAUCCAGCAGGUCAACAUGCCCUAUGUCAUGAUUCCCGCCUUCACCCCCAGCCACCAGCCUCUCCCUGUCGCUCCCGACUCCCAGCUGGCGCUCCCCAUCCAGCCCAUCCCCUGCAAACCAGCAGUGGAUUACCCGGUGCAGUUACUGCACAGCCCCCCUCCUCCUGCACUGAAGAGACCCGCCGGCUCGGGCCACCUCCCGAUGCAGGAGACCUCGCAGCCGCUGAACCUGACAGCUAAACCCAAAGGAUCCGACCUCCCCAGUGCCUCCAGCUCGCCCAGUUUGAAGAUGAGCGGCUGCCAGUCCCUCACACCGAGCCAUGGGGCCACCAGGGACCUGCAGACCAGCCCCUCCAACCUGCCUCUGGGGUUCCUGGGUGAAGGCGAUGCCAUCACCAAAGCCAUCCAGGAUGCGCGGCAGCUGCUGCAUGGGCACAGCGGAGCCAUGGACGCAUCACUGAGCAACCCCUACCGCAAGGACCACGUUGGGAUCGAUUCUUCCCCGGUGAAGGAGCGGAUGGAGGAGACCCCUGCCCACCGGCUGGACGAGGCCCUGUUGGGCUGUGAGAUGGAUGGCUCCCGGCACUUCCCGGAAUCCAGGAACAACAACCACAUCAAGCGGCCCAUGAACGCCUUCAUGGUGUGGGCAAAGGACGAGAGGAGGAAGAUCCUGCAGGCCUUCCCAGACAUGCACAACUCCAGCAUCAGCAAGAUCCUGGGAUCCCGCUGGAAGUCCAUGACGAACCAGGAGAAGCAGCCCUACUACGAGGAGCAAGCCCGGCUGAGCCGGCAGCACCUGGAGAAAUACCCCGACUACAAGUACAAGCCCCGACCCAAACGAACCUGCAUCGUGGAGGGCAAGCGGCUGCGGGUGGGCGAGUACAAGGCAUUGAUGAGGAACCGGAGGCAGGAUGCCCGGCAGGGCUACGUGCUCGGAUCCCAGGGCAGCCAGAUGCCCCCCAGCUCCUCGGAUGUGCUGUACCCGCGGCCGGUGGGCAUGCAGCUGAUGGAGCACUACCUGCCCCGCGGCAUGGAGCCCAGCAUGCCCAUCAUCGUCAACACCUGCAGCCUCAAGGAAGGGGAUGCAGGGGAGGACGGGCACUCGGUGCCUGAUGCUGAGAUGUUCCGCUACAGCGAGGAGGAGGACUCAGAGGGUGAGGACAAGAGUGAUGGAGAGCUGGUGGUGCUGACGGACUGAGCGGGGCCGGGGGGGGAUGCAGGAGGGCUGGUUGCCACCAAAGAGGAGGUCACAGCAUCCCCCCCGAUGUGAUGGGGCUCGGCUGAAGGGCUGCACUGGGAGCAGAGGAACACAGGAGCCGCUGCUGCCUGCCUGCAGAUAGGUCCUACAGAGGUGGGCACCCAGCAUUUUGGGUAGGUGCUUCCUGGAGGGGUUGAUGAGCAGUGAUGUGCUGCAUGGCCGGGAUGUGCCAACCAAGCUGGGAAGGGCUGGCUCAUCAACAGGGGCAUGGGCAGCUGAGGACACAUGGGAUGUGAGUACCACGGCUGCUGAGCAUCACACUGAGAGGGACCUGAGGGUAUCCAAUUGUGGGGAAACCUCCAGAGCAUCACCCAGGGGUCUUCUGC